UGUUUUUUUGUUUUCUUUUUCUUUCAAGUUUAUGUUUAAACGAUUUAGAUUUCUUUGCCAUAAUUGUUUUAUAAUGUCAUUGUGUAAUCAUUGUUAUAAUAUAUCGGCCGAUAUAACUUUUAAUCAGAGAUUUCGUACACCCUAAUAUCCUUACCAGCACCAGCCCCCAAAAUCCAUAUAAUUCGAGCUCAACUCACUUCACUGCCUAAUAUUUGUUUAUUUAUGCAAAUCCGCCGCCUGAAGGUUAUUUCAUCAAUCUCACUCAACCUUUGCCAUUGAUAUCGAGUUAUUUAUGGCUGCUUCACACAAACGACUGAGGCUAAUCUCAGGUGGACUGACUUUCAGGUUGUCUGUGCAGCUCUGCCCUUGAGGAAGACAGAUCUAUGAGGCUGUAAAAUGCAUUAGCUUUGCCUGGUGUUAAACAGCCAGUAUGAGUUUAGUGGAAUUUAUACGGUGGGUUACAUGUUUUUGUUGUGUGAAAAAGAGCCAAGCAUUAUUCCAUCAUAUUAUAUGAAUUGUUUUCGGAUUUCAAUUCAACGGUUCAGUUGAAUGUUUAAUUUUGAUUGAAUUCGAUGCAUUUUUGUUGCUGAACACUUUUCAUCAAAAAGAAUAACCCAUUAGGUGUUUCACUCUUGUGAAUGCAUGCCAGUUUAAAUAUCUCUACUAAUGCUGCCUAAUAGCUAAACUAUUUUCUUUGUUAGCUUGUAUUUACCUGAGAUAUAACACUUAGGCUACACUUUAGAAAAAGCCGACUUGCUGUGAACAUAACUACAGAGCUAAUAAUUAUAUUUUUUGAAGGGAUGUUGAACCUCACAUGAACUUUGGAAAAAAUAGAGAAGAAAACAGUUAUACAGCCGUCAGGACUAUUAAUAGUUUUGUCAAGUAAAAAGGACCAAACACCUGUUUAGCUUAGUUGUAGUGAGUACCCCUGCUGUCCACCACCUGUUUACAUUAUCCCUGGUUUCCUGUCUGUGUAGUUGCAUGAACAGAACAUGUAGAUUUGUGAUGUGGAGUGGUCUGACUGGUUGUUGAAAGUGUCAGAUGUAAAGCAAUAGUUUUGAAUAAACUCAGCUGUUAUUAUUUACCACUCUUUAUAACAUGGAAAUCAAAAAGCAUAGUCUACUAAUAAUCAUUACCCAGAAAUCAUGGCAGAAUUCUAAUCAAAUAGUUAUUAGCUUCUGUCUUAAGGCUCUUAUUGAGGCAGGAUUAACAUUGUUUUUUUAAUGGAUGAAUGUGGGAAGGUGUCCUUGAAAAUUCUGCAACUCUCACACUUGUGAAGAUUUUAGAACAGCAUCACACCUUUUAAUGAAGAUAAAUUGUCUUGGUAGAAGCCUGUGUGAGUUUUUGGCAGACCAGCUGUACUACAGGGCACAUCUCCUGCACAUAGCAGGCUAUAACAGAUAGACAUCUCUCCACUGCAACACAGGAAGUGGAGCUGAUGGGGAUUUCUUGGCAGCAUACGAGUCCAGCCUAUGGGAUCCAAGGCUGGUGUUACUGUUCCUUUCAAUCUUGUCCCCUGUCUGACCGUGUUACACACAUCACUGGUGCUUGCAGACAUCUCUGCCAAACUCUCAAACAGAAACGACCGACUGCAUGACGACAAGAGCACCUACACAAUCACCAUCUCACAAAAAUAUCUACAAAUGUGAGGUUAAUCAUUUACAGGUUUUACUUUGAAUGGAGCGGGCAGCCAAGUCGGCCACAGUUCCUUAAACAUACCCGUUAUUUAGGUUGCGUUGCCCGCAGCUGUAAUGUCAAAUACCUUUUCUGAGCACAACAGCAUUCCUGACUUUCUGUCCCUGCUUCUAACCUUCCAGCUGCACGUCAGGUUUCAAUGUCUGCUGGUUAGCUCAGUGCAGUGAUUCCCCUGUGUCUGUGGAGAGUGCUCAUGAGUCAGCAUCUCAGGCCGGAGCAGCAUCAGUGUUGCUCAGGAAGAUGAGGGAAUAUUUAUGGGGGUUCAUAAAGCGAUAAUUAUGAGGAUCACUUUGAGUUCCAUAUUGAUGUCAACAUAAGUUGAUGGACUGUUCGUCUAAAGAGGCAUUAGUGAACUUUAUUUAUAUUUUUAUUGCAUUUUAUUUGCUUUACAUUCUCUCAAACCAUAACCACUCCCAUUGUGUUGGUCCCUACAAAGCUUGUCCUCACUAGAAAAACAAAUGUAGUGGACAUUGAUCUGCUGCAGUGGUGUAUUAUUCUACUCUCAUUUCUUUUGAAGAGCUGUGGCUCCUUAAUAGCCAUAAACAAAUGCAGAUUGAUAAGUAGAGCUUUAUCUUGACCUGAGGUUCUGAGAAAAUCAUGUAUUGUUGAAUUGAGUUUAAAUCAAAUUGAAGGAUCUACUAUAGAACUAUAUGACAAACAAUUAAAUCAAGAUGAAAAAUGUCACCUCAGUCAGCAUUGAUAUUUAUCACGAUAUUUUAAAAUUAUUAUGUUGCAAAUGUAUCGACUGAUAUUUUCUUCCUGGUGAAGAUUCUGGUUUUAAUGUCUUCUAUAUGAGCAGAGAAUGUCAAACACUUGUUAAACAGCUAAACAUUUUACAAAAGUGUUAUAUCUCCCCACUGAACUUUUGUUAUAUUCAGGUUUUCUGCAGGGAAUAUGUGUGUGUGUGUUUUCAAACAAAGCUUCAUGUUGUGUCAAACCAAUAAUAUCAAACUAAUGACAUUGUGGUUGGUCACAGUCACAGUCCUGGCACACACAGGCACCAUGUGCAGCCAGCAGUGUUUCCUCUACGAUUUCUUUAGCGGGGGGUAUAACCUUGGCUGUUGGACUGACCAUUUUAAAAACUAUGAAACAAGCUGACACUUCACUGCAAAACAGGAAUAGAUUUACCUGAGUUGCAAAGCUUGCAGCCUAGUUGAAAGUGUUUAAUUACAAAAAUUAAAUAAAUUCAAGGCUCUGUCAUAUGGAAAAAUCUACUAUUACUAUUUGGACAUUUAAUUCAUUGGAGAAUACUUGAGUUAUUAGCAGUUGGGGUUUUCAAAAAUGCAUUGGGAGUAAAGCUGGAUAUUUCUCCCGCAGUCAGCUGCCUCUGUGAAAAGCAGUGACAACUGUCCUUUCCCAUAAUAGCCACCAAAAUAGAGAAGAUGGCGGUAAAAAAGUGAUGGUUAGUAUUUAUUUCAGUUGCUAGCAAAACUGUCCUAGCUUAGUUAAUUCUAGUUGUUAUGGUAACAAAAGAUGCUCUCAACCAAAGAUUCCAGAGCGCUUUGAUUCAACUGUGCCCAAGUGCAGAACAUUUAAGUUCAAUGUGAGGGCAGGCCAUCGGGGGGGAAUUGGGAGGAAGGACAGGACUCCAGAACAGUACAAGGCAACCAGGCCUAGUGUGAGUACAUCCUAAUUCUGAAAUCGGCAUAUAUACUGUAUAUAGUGGUUAUGCAAGACAGGGACAGUAAACAUUUUGCUGAUAUUUUUUACGAUCUACCGGCCCACUGCUGUGAUGGGAUUUUUCCCGGUGCAUGCGUCCGAUGUCCUGUCUGAUUAUUCUGAGUGGCUUUAAAAGCGCAAGUGAGGGAGAGGAAGGGAAACUGCAUCUUGAACAGUAGGUUUUUGUCUCUAUAAUCAUUCAAAUAAAAGUGAAAUUAGUUUUACAGUGCAGUACAGUUAGUAUUCUAUGUUUUAAAACUGCAGUUCAUCAGCAGGUUUUGGCAGCAACUAUCACAAGACAGCAGAGCUGACCAAAACAAGCUAUUUGAACAUGACUCACAGAUCCCCAUGAACAGUCGGACUCCUGACAAACGGUCCCACAACAGUCACAGAAAUCCCCACGACCGCUGUAAGCUCAAGUGGUCGAUCGCUUCAUCCUCCUCCUCCAUGCAAAGAAAGCGCUGGUUUCCAUACUUCAUGCUUCGUGUACAGUAUGGGGAAUAGUGUGUGGGUGUGUAAUGGUGACUAAUCCAAUUUGCAGUCUUAUUCUGUAUCCCUAGUUGUCACUGAGCCCUUAAUCUCUGUGGAGAGAGAGAGAUUCUCACAAACUAAUCUCAAGCUUGUGUCUGUCCACUGAUCCCUGAGAAUAGUUGUCUUUUGGUGAAUGAAAACAGGGCGUAAACACGAGACUAUAGCCUCAGUGCCGAGCAUCUACACGUGUACAAACCCUCACUCUGCUGCUCACACUUGAAUCAAAAUGGCAUGUGGAUAUGGGCAACUGACGGCGAGAUGGUGAGGGGCUGGACUCGUGUUGUUGACCUGCCACUGCUGUGUGCCGGUACUCCUGAUCAUCCUCCGCCCAUUCACUUACUCCAGAGGCUUGGCUUGUUUGUUGCCGGGGGUUACGCUUGUUGGUGAGCACAAUGUCGGAGCACAUGCAGCUCUCCCUUGCCUUGUGCAGGAUUGGGCUUUACACGUGUUUCCGGGCACUGUGCUGUAAAGGACCCCCACCGCCAAGACCCGAGUAUGAUGUGGUGUGCAUUGGCCUGACAGGUGCUGGAAAGACCAGCCUGCUCUCACGCCUCUGUAGUGAGGGCAGUGACGGCAUCGUUCCUACAACAGGUUUCAGCAUCAAAGCAGUGCCAUUCCCAAAUGCCAUCUUGAAUGUAAAAGAACUUGGAGGAGCUGACCACAUCAAGAAAUACUGGAGUCGUUACUACCAGGGGUCACAGGGAGUCGUCUUUGUAUUGGACAGCGCGUCAUCAGAUGAAGACCUCGAGGCCGCGCGGAACGAGCUCCACUCAGCCCUACAGCACCCACAGCUCUGCACACUGCCUUUCCUCAUUCUCGCCAACCACCAGGACAAGCCUGCCGCAAGGACGCCAAACCAGAUCAAGAAAUACUUUGAGCUGGAGCCGCUGGCCCGAGGGAAGCGCUGGAUCCUGGACGGCAGCUCCACCGACAACAUGGAGGCGGUGAAGGAGAGCUUCAGUCAGUUCAUUAGCCUGCUGGAGGACAAAGACACUGAGCCUGCAAGGAUAUGAUGCUAACGCUGCUAAUGCAGAGACAUUAGUUGCUAACGGCUAACAAACGCCACAUCCUGCUGGCGCCCUCGGUCACACACUCAUGCACAGACACAACCAUGUACACAGGAAAACACAGCGGAUGUGGGCCACUCUACCGAAGAUGUAUAUUGUAUGUUAUCCUCCCUUCACUGCGGCCUCACGGUUUCAAAUUGGAAGAGUGUGCGACAGCCGGGCGCGACACAACCUGAGAGGAGAGCUGCUGUUGAAUCCACCCGACGUAAAGUCAAGAAAAGUCCUCGAACUUUUCCACAAAUGGAAAUAUUGUUUACUACUGUCUGUGCCAUUGUGAUUAAGUGGCAUCUGGGACCUUUGUCAUUCCUUGUAGUCGAUAUCAAUGAACACUAACACACACACACACACACACACUGUCACUCACGUAGCGGAGGCCAGGUUGUCUGUAGAUAUGUUUAAAGUCUCCACUAAUUCCUUUCCAGAAUGUGUGUGUGGACACGGUUGGUUUUCUUUCCUGUGCGACGUGCUGUGUGAGCUCAGGUGUGCGUCUCCCUCUGACUCAGUAAAACGAAUGUGGUGGUGUGAUCGGGCCGCGUAGUUCGAAGCCUUGUGUUAUGUACGGUAGUUACAUAUCGAUGUGUCACGCCAUAUCCGCGUAUCUAAUCUGAAUAGUGUAGUCUUGAGUAUCUCAUGGAGUAUUAUGUACAUGCAAACGAGUAACUGCUGUGUACCCUCCUGUGCCGCCAAACACAACUACUACUUAUCAUGUGACUAAGUGCUCAGUGACUUUAUGGAGACGAGAGUCUGAAUGCUUUUUAUAAAUGUGCAGCGUAGGGUAUAUUUUAUAGCUCUGUAUGUUAACCUGAUCAGAUGUUUUAUAUCUCUCACCACACUUAUGAAUUCUUUCAAAUCAAAGACCAAAAUCAAAUAGAAACAGCAGCGAUGAUUCACCGGGCUGAGAAAUGUGACGGAUUUCGAUUCAGUGUUUAGAAAAUAUUUCAUGUUAGUGUUUUUCUACUUUAUUUGUUUGUUUUUUUUUCCUUCUGAAUUUGACAUGAUCCCUCUCAACGCUGACUCCAGUCCAGUCCCCCGUCAGGCUGCAAUACAAACUCUAUCAAUCAGCCGCAGCAACAGCUGCAUCUGACAAGUCCCUGUCCGACACCCUAAUGCCUUCCAACUGUCUGUGAAGACCCCUCCCUGUCUGCUGUUGAUCGUGGACCCCCAUCUCAUCCCCAGCCCGCUCCAACCAACACUGUCCCUCCCGCGCUCCGUUACUGCUCGGGGGGGGGGGGUUUCAUCCCAGAUGCCGUCUUCAGGCCUCAUGUGGUCUCCAAACAUCUCAGAUGGGUCCUAUUCAUGGUGCCACAGGUGUGUGGCUGUUCCCAGGACGUUCACUCCUCCUCCUCCUCCUCCUCCUCCUCCUCCUCCUCCUCCUCCUCUUCCUCCUCCUCCUCCUCCUCUUCCUCUUCCUCCUCCUCCUCCUCCU